GGACAGGAACCUGAAGCAGAACCGAAGACUCAUUAGAAAACAUCUUCUGCCUCCAAGCAAACCAUCAACAGCUCUCUGCCAGCUGAUUGGUCUCCUCCACCAUGCACCACCUCUUCCUCCUCCUCCUGUUCCACCUGGCCAUAUUCAGCCAUAUGGCAGAUGCAAAUGUAUUUACAGCCCCAGCUCAGUUAGAUGCCAGCGCCUGUCCCGUCCUGUACUUUGGAGAACUUUACUCAACAGUAUACGUGAACAUCACCGAUGGUAAGAUUGCUGUUUGCUUCAAAGCUCCUUUCAGCCCUGGAACCAUGAAUGAUUGCGUCCUCACCCCCCAGCUGGGAGCAGAAUCAGGUGUCUGGUAUGCACGGAGCCUUAAAGCUGGACCUCAAUCCCCUUUUCACCAAGCUCUGCCACAGCUGACCGGCUCAUCCACAUGUGAAUUCGCUCUGCUGCUAGGCAACACCACCCAUCCUCAGUCAAUAACUUUUUCUUUCCGCCAGUUUGAGACCCAGUCAGCUGUAGAACUGUAUUUCAUGACACAGUCCAUGGUGCCCCUGCCGGCACUUUUGGAGGUUGAUGGCAUUCAAGUGAUUGAACGGAACGACCCUGAUUUCUACGUGGACCUGAGUGGAUGCAGGCAUGAAGGAGUUUUAUAUUAUCCAGACACAGGUGUGUGUGACUCUGAAGGCAACUCCAUAUUCUGCAAUGAUAAUGCAGCCCUUAGCACUGGCCCUUGUGGCCCUAAGAAGAGCUGUCAACAUGGUGGCCGGUGCACCUUGGAGGCCUCCUGCACCUUGACCGGCUCCACUCUCAUCGACCUGGCUGAUGGCGUCACGUCUGUCCCAGACUGUUGUGCAUACACUCUGUUGUCAGAUGCUGAUGUCCAGGUGCUGGCUUUCUUCCAGGAGCGUCGACGCAAAGACGUCAGUUUCUUGGAUCGUGUGAUUCUGCGUCUGGAUGGACCGGGCGUUGACAUUCACCUGGGACAAGGAGGGAGAGUUGAGGUUAACAACACAAAGCUGAGCCUUGAUGCUCCACUGCACCUUCACGGUGUGGAACUCUCUAAGGACCAAACCGGAGUCACUGUCAAGAUGAAGCUCUCCAACCAUAACAUGUCUGUCUUCUUUGAUGGCUACACUGCACAGAUCUACCUGACAGGACCAGGUGGAGGAACACUACAGGGCUUAUGCAGCAACUCCAGCAGACCUUUGAGUGAGAUGAGGCUCACAGAGCACAGCAUGGCCAGCUGUGAGAUGCAACACAGUGAGCCUGCCGAUGACACCAUCAACUGCACCACAGUGACUGAACACUGUAGUCUCCUGAAGGAGGCGCCUUUCAGCUCCUGCCAUGGCUACACCGACCCAGAGCCCUUCGUCACCGCCUGCACCAACACUCUCUGCUACUAUCCGGAUGUGGACGGUCUCAGGUGCCAGUUCCUGGAGGCCUACGCCAGAGCCUGCAGCCUGCACAGCAACGUCACCCUGGAAGACUGGAGGUCAAAGGCCGGCUGCUCCUCUCCUCAGGCCUUCUGUCAGGACACCUUCUGCAGCUCUCAUGAGUUCUGCGGUGAUGACCUCAGAGGAGGAACCAGCUGCUUGUGUCGAGCCAUUUUUGCCUCCAGAUACCGAUCAAUGGACACUUUAGGCGAGCCGACAGUCUGUGGACAGAACUCUGCUUCUGUGUCUCUGGUCGGUUGUCUCCUGGAAGAGAAAUUAAUCGAUUACUCCAUCCUACACCUCGUCGACCAGAACUGCACGGGUCACAUGGACGAGGAGAGCCACAUGGUGACGUUCAGCUUCGAUAGGGACAACACCUGUGGGACGGUGGUCACGGGCAAUAACAGCCAAAUUAUUUACAAGAACACCAUCAUGACUUCGGCAAAGUCACAAGGUGAGGUUAUCCAUCGCCACAACCAAGUGGCAAUCGACUUCUCCUGCUUCUACGGCCAGCCCAACGUCAAGACCAUGUCCUUCAGAAUCAAAGACAGCUCUGUGAUCCAGCAAAUCGUAUCUGGAACUUGGAACUAUACUCUGUUCAUGAAGGCCUACACCGACGCUGAUCGCACACAACCCAUUGAGUCAAGCACAGGCAUUCAGCUCAAGCAGAUGGUCUGGGUGGAGCUGGAGACUGAUGGCCUGGAUGACAAAGUAAUCACCGUGGUGACGGAUUCCUGCUGGGCAACCAACCAGCCAUCGCCUAAUGGGAACGUGAGAUACAAUCUGAUCAUCAACGGCUGUCCGAACCCUAGGGACCAGACGGUGCAGGUGGUGGCCAACGGACUGGGAACAUCCAACUACUUCUCCUUCAGCAUGUUCCAGUUCCAGGGGUCUGCCGGCGACCUCUACCUGCACUGCAAACUCAACCUGUGCGUGAAGGACAAAAACAAGACCUGUGCCCCGAGCUGCAACCAUGGGAAGAGAAGACGCAGGUCGGCCAGGUCUAAGUAUGAAGAUGAGGAGGGUGUCUUCAUCACCAUGGCCUGGACUAAUUAGGUCGUUUCCAUGGCAACUCGGAACUCGGAAAAUGACUCCACACUUAAUCAAAACGAUGAAUGUUUGAAUUAUUUUGGUUUUACAAGUUCUCCCCCAGCUUCCGUUCAGACCCAUUCAGAGUUUCUGAGCUCACUUGAAGCUUCAAUUGAUCACCAGGAACAAACCUGAGCUGAUGUAGAGAGCACAGGUCCUCCAGGAUUACUGACGUGAACAUCUUUUAAUUAAACUUUAAUUCACUAAGAAAGACCAUGCUUUAAUUGAUGCAAGGAAGUUAGUUGGCAGACAGGAUGUGAGGCAAAUGGGAUGAAGGGACGAGAGGGACACAGUGUGCAGAUGGAUGGUGGUAGAGGAAGUCAGGAAGUGGGACUCAGUGUAAGGGGGCACAUCUUGGGAAUCUUGGGCUCCUUGUCCCCUGGUUUCUGGAAUGAAAGAUGUAAGAAUCAUCCCAGGCUUGGUCUUGUUCCUAAAUUUAAAUUCUAAAUUAAUAUUGAUGAUGAAGUCCUGGGGAGACUGAACUAUACUCAUCUCUACACUCAUACAUUCUAACAAGGUGAAGGGACGUACAUCACAGACAAAAUAUUAAUAUAUUAGUAGGAAAACAGCAAUAACUGAAUUAGUGAAGUCUCAGCUUUUUUGUCUAACACAGAGGUGUCAAAGAUGUCUGCGGACCAAAACCGGCCUGCGGAGGAUCUGAUCUGACUUGUGGGAUGAAUUUGCAGUGUGAAAAUGAAAAUAUAGAAGACAUUAAAUGCAAAUUUUGAAUAAAAGUAAUUGCUGUUUGUGUAAACUAAAAUGAUGUGCUCACGCCUGAUGUGUAGAGUUUUCAGUCUGAAGGUGAAUAUUAUCAACCUGCCA